UGAAUGAUAUGCGUGAGUGUUCCAUAGGUUUGCCGUCAAAGUGUCCUCUAAACUAAAGGGUGGAGUACAGCACUGGGAUAUUCCAUGUUUUGUGGGGGCACUGUGCCUCUCAAAAGCUCAGUAAAAUGGUGACACUAAAAUAGAAUGGCUUGUCAUUUUAAUUGUUAAGCAGUUGUGCUAGAAACUGCUUAAUGGUGCUGCUUUGUUGAGGUAAUACCCCCGCCAACCUGUACGGGCUUAUCUGUCAGUAACCUUCAGUCCCCUUAUACCUUUCCAGUUAAUAGUCUUCCCAGGAGGUGCGGUUCCCCUGGGCUGUGUUGAGGUGCUCUUCCACUUCUGUAUAAAACCACUAACCUAAAUGGCUGUACCUUUCGGUUAGCGGAUCAAAGUUGGAGCAAAGGACAUACAAGCUGCUUGCUGAUAACAUAGAAUGGCUUCUGUGAAAGAUCCAUUAACGAAGGAGCUGGAGGAGGAACUAAAACUGAACACAGAUGAUCUCCGUAGCCAUGCCUGGUUCUACGGCCCUAUCCCACGACAGGAAGCAGAGGCGCUGAUUGAGAGAGAUGGAGACUUCCUCAUACGCGAGUCCCGUUCCAGUCCAGGAGACUAUGUACUGAGCUGCACCUGGAAACACGAGCCUCUCCAUUUCAAGAUCAUCCGCGUGGUCCUGCGGCACAAGGAAUCCUACACCCGCGUGCUGUACCAGUUUGAACAGGAGAGCUUCGAUAACCUCCCAGCGCUAGUGCGAUUCUACGUGGGGAACCGCAGGCCAAUUUCAGAGAAAAGCGGAGCGAUAAUCUUCCAUCCAGUAAACCGCACUGUACCCUUGAGGUGCAUAGAGGAAAAAUAUAGGAAAGCAUCAAAUCAAAGAUCACAGCAAGGACAACAGGCAGUCAAAAGCAAUGAUCAAAAUAAAAGAUUCAGCUUAAAUCUAUCCGAAGGAGUAUCUUUGGGCCAGCUUGAAGUGGAUAGUAAUCUUUUGAGGAAUAAGGACAAGAGUGGCAGCCAACCAAAUAUUCUGGACUGGAAUGACAAAAAGCCAUUGCAGUCCGCCCAGUCUGACAGCUACCUUUCUGGAGGACCCAGGGACAUCAUUCAAGCAAAUGAAACACAGAAAUUAAUUCGAUCUUCAUCGUUGAUGUAUAGAGCAGGGAGUGACCCAUUAAUAAACCCCAAAGUGGGCCUAAGACGCCUUUGUUCCCAGUCUAGUAUUGGGUCAAGAGGUUCUGAAGGACAGUUACACUCGAAGGCACCUCCAAAACCACUCAGAAUUCCGUCUCUCUUGGUUCCGAAUGUUCCUACAGAUCCACUGUUAGAUGGAAGCGUCUACUGCGAGCUAGUGCCACACGUUCUAAAGCCCGGCCAGAAAACUUCACCGUCAAUGACUCACGUGGAGAGAUUACGAGCUGCAGAACGAUCGAGGGUCAGGACCCGUAUGACAGACAUGAAUUUUUGCCUCCUGGAUUUAGAUAUGAACUCAAUCUCUAUGAAGACCUGCCAGGAGGAAGCUGUGAAGGGAGAUGGUUGGACCUUCACUCAGCCACAGCUGGAGACUACCAGCUCAUUUCAACCUGACACCUUUGUUUCAAUCUUACUUCCGCCCGACAACAGAUCUCUAGAUCCAUCUGUGCUUAAGCAACUCAAAGAAAUAUUCAGUGAACACGAUGCAAAGACAAUAGCACAGCAUAUUUUGAAAGUGGACUCUGAGGUUGCUCGCCUCGUCAAUGUGUCCCCAAUGCAGAAGAGGAUGAUGGGAGUGAGCUCAGGACUAGAUCUGAUUACGUUGCCCCACGGACACCAGCUGAGGAUGGAUCUCCUGGACAGACAUCACUUAAUAGCUCUUGGAAUUGCAGUGGACAUCCUGGGCUGUACAGGAAGUGUCGGACAGAGGUCUGCAGUACUUCACAAAACUAUCCAAGUUGCAGCCGAGCUGAAAGAUUCCAUGGGUGAUCUGUUUGCACUGUCAGCAGUGAUGAAAGCGUUGGAGCUGCCUCAGAUUGUGCGCCUGGAGCACACGUGGAGGACUCUACGCAGAAAUUAUACAGAUAGUGCCAUCAGGUUCGAGAAGGAACUCAAACCAUUCAUGAAAUCCUUGAAUGAGGGGAAAGUUGAGUUUCCUCUGCAAAAUACCACCAUUCCACACAUUAUGCCCGUCAUCAGGCUGAUGGAGACACAAUCCGUAUCCGAUUUUAUGGAAACUUGGGAUAACAUCGACUCAGACUGCGGAUUGGUAUUGAAGACCCUGGAAGCAGCUCGUGUUGUGACAGUGAACACUGCAAUAUACAGAGCCAACACUGAAGCCAAACUGAAGGAUUUUCAAGCUAAAGAAGAAUUGCUAGAGGCAUUCAAGACUGAAUUUGCUCUGAGAUUGUUCUGGGGUGCCAAUGCAACUGUAGUUGCACGCAAAGAGAGAUAUGAGAAAUUUGAUAAAAUUCUUAAUGCUUUGUCACGGAAGAUGGAGCCUCUGGGCCCUUCAGAGAUUUAUAUGACAGAACAGACACUCGAGGCCAAGGAGAAAAGGUAAAACAAGUGAAGAUCUAACGGUCAACUCAGGAGUUAACAAAGUGCGUAUAGUGAGGUACCGAUCAAUGUGGCACGUGCCAUAUGGGAAAUGUCCUUUUCUUCCGUCCGUGGAUCUCCUACCAUGUGGAACUUGUUGCUUUCUGACUAGUUGUUGUUUCUGUUAAAUGGACAGCAACUCCCAGAUCCACAGCCUCCGGGCACUCAGGAAAACAAGACCAGUCGUUGCAUGGGAUCAGCUUUACUCCCAAGUCACACACUGGAUGUAUUAUUUGUAUAUACAACCUGAAUAUAUAUCUGAAGUUUCUUCAUUGUCAAAAUCCGGCAAGUCCUUUGUACAUAGAUUGUAGCAGUUCAUAGUGGGGGCUCAUUAUUAUCUUGUAAAUGGCAAUAAGAGAGGAAUAAUAAAUGCUGGCCUUGGCCAGCAGCAACUUCAUCAAAAGAAUUAUUUUAAUCUUAACUCCACUCUGAUUCUAUACCCAUGGAGACAUAGUUGGUGUUAUAAUAACAUUUAUAAUGGGGUUGGGCUACCCCAGCACAUGCUUGGGUGUGCUGGUUGUUGAUACAAGUGGCACAUUUCACAGUAUGUAUGUAUGUAUGAUAAAUAAAUCUUAAUUCUGUACCUAAUGGAUAAAUUCUUUACAUUUUACCAAAAUAUGGUCUAAAUUUUACAGUGACGGAACCAAAUGAACCUCCGCAUAGGAGUUCCUUUAUACGUAUGGCAGUUUAGAUGACAACCCGUCCGGCAAUGUAGUAACGUCUGUAGUAAACAGUGGUCUCCUGUUAACAGUAGUACAUGUCAGUCAUUUGUUUCCUGUGCAAAGCAUCAGAUCAUACCAUAGUGUGCAGCGAAGCUGAACUUCCCCUCCUUUUAAGCCAAGGAACUUCAGUGAUAAUGAUGUCUUGCUGCAAAAGUGGCUUCAUUUUCUCUCUGACUUUUAUUUAGAGAUACAGCACGGUAACAGGCCGCCCAAUUACACCCCUGGACCAAUUAACCUAACAACCUUUGAACAUAGAAUUCUCCAACUUCCAGUAAUUCCCUCCACCUCCUUUCCCCUAUCCCUAUUUCACUGUGCCCCCUCCCCCAGCUGCCCAUCACCUCCCUCAUGGUUCCGCCUCCUUCUACUACCCAUUGUGUUUUCCCCUAUUCCUUCUUCACCUUUCCUGCCUAUCACCUCCCUGCCUCCCCUCCCCCACUCCUUUAUCUUUCCUCUUACUGGUUUUUCACCUGGAACCUACCAGCCUUCUCCUUCCCACCUUCUUUAUAGGGCCUCUGCCCCCUCCCUCUUCAGUCCUGACGAAGGGUUUCGGCCCGAAACGUCGACUGAUCAUUUCCACGGAUGCUGCCCGACCUGCUGAGUUCCUCCAGCGCGUUGUGAGCGUUGCUUUAACCUAAUACCCCAUACAGCUUCGGACGGCUGGAGGAAACCAGAUCACCCGUGUGCUUACUGGAAGAAUGUACCAACCUCUGACAGACAGCAGCAAGUUGAACACGGGUUGCUGACGCUGUAACAGCAUCAUGCCAACUGCUGCAUCACUGUGUGCCCAAGAUUAUACACAAGAUGUCAGGCUGAAUCUGUCCAAGUGCUCCAAGAAUAAGCAUAAAGUUGAUAUAUCAUUCAGAGACUGCCCACUUCAGAGAUUUUGGAAACCAUCGGAUGUACAACAUAUCAGCACCUAAUCGGGCUCAGCCUUCAUUUGAUAUCAGCCUCCCGAUCAGUAACUUCGCAGUUGCAGUGUGCCUGAUAGACAGAAGUGAGCGCACAUGCUGCAGGAGGAACUCUGCAGUCAGCGAGCAUCUGCAGAGAGACAUGGAGAUCCGACGUUUCAAUUGGACCCUUCACCUGGACUGGUGUGCAUUUAAUCUGUUUUAAUUGUUAAAACGCAAACUCAUUGUGAAUUUAACCUAGCGCAGGAUGGAGCCGGCGUGAACUUGAAACAGAAACAUGGAGUUUUUUUGUUUUCUGGCCUAAUUUGAUGUCUAUUUUCAGCCUGCUUCUCACUACCCAAGGCUGUUACAUAAUUUUAGCAGAACAGGACAUUUUAUCUUACAGACUUUUCUGUUGCUGUAAAUCAAGGUCAAAAUUCUCGAUAAAAUCAAAACAAGUAUUGAAAAAUUUCAUUCAUAAAAAUAAUCUUCAAAUAUUCCUUCAAAACCUUUCCUAUCCCAGCAGCUGAAACUGUUUAACCUUGUAAACAGGCUUAUGAAAGAGGACACAGCAGUUGUAUAGACACCAGGAACAUGAAUUCAGUACAUGAACAGACUGAGGUUUCCCCAAGAGGGCAGAUGGGUGGCUAGGAUAGACCGAUUGGUGACAAAAAUCAGAAGAAAAAUACAGGGAAAAAAUGUCACAAAAUCAAAGGAGCUGGUUGUGGAUUACAGGAGGAAUGGAGUUGGGCUAACCCCUAUUGACAUCAAACGGAUCUGAGGUUGAGAGGGUAAACAGCUUCAAGUUCCUCAGCAUCCACAUCACCGAGGACCUCACAUGGUCUGUGCACACCAGCUGUGUGGUGAAAAAGGCACAACAGUGCCUCCUUCACCUCAGACCGUUGAGGAGGUUUGUUAUGGGCCCCCAAAUCCUAAAACAUUUCUACGGGGCACAAUUGAGAGCAUCCUGACUAGCAGCAUCACUGCCUGGUAUGAGAACUGUACCUCCCUUAAUUGCAGGGCUCUGCAGAGAGUGGUGCGGACAGCCCAGCGCAUCUGUAGUUGUGAACUUCCCAUGAUUCAGGACAUUUACAAGGACAGGUGUGUAAACAGGUCCCAUAGGAUCACUGGGGACCCGAGUCACCCCAACCACAAUCAAUUCCAGCUGCUACCAACCAGGAAACAGUACCGCAGCAUAAAAGCCAGGACCAGCAGGCUCCAGGACAGCUUCUUCCAACAGGCCAUCAGACUGAUUAACUCAUGCUGACUUGUGUGUACUCUAUAUUACAUUGACUGUUCUAUUUAUUAUAAAUUAUUAUUAAUUACUAUGAUUGCACAUUUAGAUGGAGAUGUAAUGCAAAGAUAUUUACUCUUCAUGUAUGU